CACACACACACACGAUCGCGUCCACAGGACCAUAACAAAGAUCAGAGUUUGAAAGGAGGAAGACGAAAGACGAGCUCCGGAUCGACUGUCUGUUUAAAUGCGCAUCUGUUGUGGAACAUCUCCUGACGAACAGCUUCUCACUUUCUGAUUUUUGAUCGAAGCCAAGCGCUGAGGUUGAAAUUUCAGAAAUGACGGACGCCUUAAUACCAAACGGAUGCGAGAGCAACGGAGUGGGAGAGAAAGACGUCUUCAGAAGGGGCUGUAACCCACUGGCUCAGACCGGCCGCAGUAAGCUUCAGAACCAGAGAGCGAGCCUCAAUCAGCAGAUCAUCAAACAGAUGAGAAUGAGAGCGGGGGCUGAGAAUCUGCUCAAGGCCACAGCAAACAAUAAAGUAAAAGAUAUGGUUCUGCUGGAGCUGAGCUAUGUGAACUCCAACUUGCAGCUUCUUAUGGAGCAACUGGAAGGCCUGAACAGUUCAGUAGAGGUUUAUCAGAAUGUACAAGAUUCGGCCAUAAUCCCUCUCAUUCCUUUGGGCCUGAAGGAGACAAAAGAUGUUGACUUUUCUGUACCUUUCAAGGAUUUCAUCCUUGAGCAUUACAGCGAGGAUGGCACACGCUUUCAGGACACAAUUGAUGAUCUGAUGGACCUCAGAAAGGCAUGCUUUACUCCAAGCCGUAGCAAUACAGGGAUCGAGCUACUCGCCAGCUACUUCAGCCAGCUGUCACUCCUGGAGAGUCGUUUCUUCUCCCCCAACCGGCCCAUGGGCAUUUUCUUCACAUGGUACGACUCUUUUACUGGCGUGCCAGUGUGCCAACAGAAUAUAUCCCUGGAAAAGGCCAGCAUCCUGUUCAACAUGGCUGCUCUCUACACCCAGAUUGGCAUACGCAGCAACAGGCGCACGCAGGCCGGCCUAGAGGACGCCAUCGAUGCCUUGCAAAAAUCAGCCGGAGUGCUCCAUCAUCUGAAGGAAACAUUUACACACACACCCAGCUACGACAUGAGCCCAGCUAUGUUGAAUAUGCUGAUAAAGAUGAUGUUGGCUCAGGCUCAGGAGUGUGUGUUUGAAAAGAUCACGUUGCCUGGAAUCCGCAAUGAGUUCUUCAGCCUGCUCAGGAUGGCACAGGAAGCUGCCAAGGUGAGAGAGGUGUAUGAACAUGUGCACCAGUGCAUGAUCCAUGCCCCGGUUAAAGACAAUGUGCCCUUUUUCUGGUCCACAAUGGCAGAAGUGAAGGCCCAUCACUAUCACGCUCUCGCCCAUUACUUCAUUUCCACCUCCCUACUGGACCAUGAGUUGACCCUCAGUGAUGAUGAGGACAAGCAGGAGAAAGCUCUCUCUCAGGCGUAUGACACUAUGCCUGAUGGACGCUCUGCCCUUGAGAUCCUGCGUAAGAAACAGGAGCGGCGCCGCAUAGGUAAGGCACACCUUAAGCGUGCCAUAAUGAAUCAAGAGGACGCGCUGCGUAACCAAAGCUUGUGCCCUCACCUCCGCAAGCUGGACAUCCUCAGUAAAAUUCUUGAAGCCAGUCACAAGCGCUCGCUUGAAAAAUUUGAGCAAAACGACACAGAAGAUGACUUUACCGAUUACAUGGAGGCACCGGACAUCAUCUCAAAAACUGAGCAGAAAGCAGAUCUGGACAUUCCUGCCACCACUAAGGUGAAAGUCAAAGACCUAUUCCACCAACUGGGCCCGUUGUCCAUAUUCUCAGCUAAACAGAGGUGGACUGCACCACGCACGCUCAGGGUGAAGGCUGACGAAAGAGACAUAGGUUUCACACUGAAGGGGGAUUCACCUGUCCAGAUUCAAUCACUCGACCCACUCUGUCAGGCAGCUGCUGAUGGCCUGAAAGAGGGUGAUUACUUGGUUGCCGUUGGAGAUACAGACUGUAAAUGGAUGGGAGUGAGUGAUGUCAUGAAGCUGUUAAAGGACGUGGACGAGGAAGGAAUCGACAUAAAAGUCAUCAGCAUGAUGGACAACAGCAUCCAGGCCAUGCCCACAAAAAGUGCCACGUUCUCAGGCGGCCUUCCAAAAACCUACUCCAUGAUCUGCUUGGCUGACAAUGACGAAGACAAAACGUCUUCAAAAACACGCAAAGUCAGCAAGAAGAUGUCAUUUCUCAGCUGGGGGCUGAAGAACAAGCACAAGAGUGCCAGCACUCUGAGCCUCCCCACAGCUGACUACAAACCCUCCAUCCCCAGGUCCUUCAACGACAGUAGCCUCUACUAAACACACAGACACAGCCAACACUGAACCGCUGGAUGUGGCACAGUGCUUUCAGGUACAAAGUGGAAAUAUAGUGAAGGAACAAAGACUUUUGCACACAGAUCUUGGGACAGAUUAAACAGUAAACAGUUUUUUUUAUUUCUGCUGGCAAAACGUUUCUUGUCCUGUAAGUCAUUGUGCUCGUACAGUUAACAUGAAUAAAAUAUAAUUAGAACAGAUGUUUUUUGUAAAUCUAGAAAUAUAUAAACCUGUUGGAUAUCUGUUAUAGUGUGUGUGUGUGUGUGUGUGUGUGUGUGUGUGUGUGUGUGUGUGUGUGUGUGUGUGUGUGUGUGUGUGUGUGUGUGUGUGUGUGUGUGUGUGUGUGUGUGUCUCACACAGUAUGGGAGGGACAUUUUUAAAGUAUAAAAAGUCCUACAGGAAACUGAUACUUUAAGACACAAUCUUGCCAAUAGUUAUUAGAAAACAGGAGGACGCCGUGCUGUUACCCAUCAAGAACUGCUGCUGCUGUAAAUGUUAUUUCAGUGAUUUAUAACGUUAGGGAAAGUUGCUUACUUCAGUUCAAAAGUAUAAUGUUUGUGUAUGUAUAUAUUUUUUCUUUAAGCGCAUCUCCCCACAGCUCAACAAUAAGGAAUAAAGUAAAAGACUUUACGCAACACGGCCAUAAAACAAAAAUGUUAAAAUAUUAUGGCAAGGUUCGAGUGGGAUUAUACUGAGUGUGUUAGUGUGUGUAAUGUGAAUGUUCAGUGUGUGGUUGAUGCAUUGGGUGCUUGUUGUGCCAGUGCAGUGGUUGUUGUUUCUGUAUUAUAAAACCAUGCCUUAUUAUUCGUGUAGACAGGAAGAUGAGUUCUGUCGGGACGCUGGUGUUACUCCGGGUCCUCGAGCUCGAAGGAUUAAAGAUAAACCUCAUUCAGUGUGGAAAGUCUUUAUAUUAUACUUAUUGUAAUGUAGGCUAUUUGCUAACACCUUAAGUGUUAGACGUAUUUCGCUGUCUACAACGUAGAUACUUAUACACAUUUGAUAAUCAAAUAAAUAAAAUGCACAUAGAGGAAAAAGAUCUAGAAAUAAAAUACAUAUUCGUUCCUUUUGAUGUUUUUAGAAAUCUUGUCCCACUGUGGCCAAGUUGCACAUAAGUGAUGCCACAGGUGAGAUGUAAAGAUUUUAUGUUUGUGCAAUUAAGUAUUUGACUUCUUCACACUAUUUUCUAUUCAUCAAAUGACUUCUCUAGUGUUUUAUUUGUAUUAUUUUCCUUAUAUGUCUGUGAGUGUUGAUGGUGUGUUUUUUGAAUGUGUUAUUCAAUUUAAAGUGAUUUUAGUCUGAACCUUUGUCUUAUACAUGUCAUUGUUUCUAUGUACACCAGAUUUGCAAUAUCUAGACUUAUGGAUCUUGGGGAUUUUUAAUAAAAAUGAAAAUGAGAUUUAUGUUGGACGAUGUUAAGACCUCAUCAGAUGAAGUGGAGGUCACAUGCAGGUUGAUUGUUGCUCCUUGAUUAUGAUUAUAAUAGCACACUAUUUUAAAAGGCAUAUUUAUAUUUAUAUAUUGUGGGUCAAUUGUUAAUAUAUUAGUAAAUGUAAAUGAGCCUUAAAGGGCAAACCUCCAUAAUGGUACUGUAUCCAUUGGGGUUUUGGCAUUUGGAUUAUGUUAUUUUUUUUUUUUUGUGGUUUGUUUAGUUUCUUUGCUUUUCUGUUGCACUGUACUGUUAAUUCGGAGUGGAAGUUAGGCUCGUUUGGUGAUUUUAUUUUUUCUGUCACUUUGUUGUAUACAUACCUGAAAUAAAAGAAAUAAUGGGUGAUA